AUGCGAUUCCGGAAGCGGUAUGGGCUGGAGGCUGUUCUGGAUGACAUCGCAGCGGCGGUAUCGGCCGUUGCCGCUGCUAUUGCUACUCUGGAUGGCACGGCAGCUGCGCGUGCACGUGCUGGGACGACCAACGCGGCUACCGCCGCUGGCGUGGCAGAACGUGACGAGCCGGGUGCAGAGGCUGUGAGUGCAACGACAGAAAGUUGGCAACGCGAAGUCGAAAACACCAUGGGUGACAUGAAGCGCAGGAUCGAAGUGCUGGAGACUGCUCGAGAAGAAGGUGGAGACACUGGAGACUGCAAAGAAAUCAUUAAGCCAGCCGUGCAGGACCCGAUGCACAACGGGGAAGACCAAGGCCAUGAAUCGCACGCAUUCGCUGGAGGUGCGCAGGCAGAGUACGGACAGUGUAUGGCAAGUGCAGACAUCCCCGCCAUCACCCCACCUCCCCAGAAGGCAAAACGCAAGUCGUCGACGGGUUCGUCCAAGCGCAAGAAACCGAGACAGACACCAGUGGCCAUCAACGAGGACGAGGCCAAGACGGAGGGCGAAACCCACAUCAACCGCUAG